UGAGGGGGCAACCAAUCCAACAGACCCAAACGCUUCUUCUUCUUCUAUGUCUGCUCUCACCCAAAUGGACUGGACCAGAGGCCGCCCGAUUGGCCGUGGCUCCUCCGCCACCGUCUCCCUGGCCACUUCCCGUCGGUCCGGCGAUAUUUUCGCCGUCAAGUCCGUCGAGCUCGCUGGGUCGGAACUCUUGCAACGAGAGCAGAGAAUUCUAUCUUCCUUGUGCAGUCCUUACGUAGUGGGCUACAGGGGAGCUGACAUUAGCAGUGAAAAUAACGAGCUUCUGUACAAUCUUUUCAUGGAGUAUGUCCCCGGCGGCACCCUCACCGACGCAAUUCGCCUGCGGGGAGGUGAGCUCGAGGAAUCGGAAAUCGGAUUUUAUGCGCGCCAAAUUGCACAGGGUCUGGUUUAUCUUCACUCUCUAGGCCUAGCACACUGCGACAUUAAAGGAAGGAACAUUUUCGUCGGAGAAAAUGGCGCGAAAAUUGGGGAUUUGGGGUGUGCUAAGUGGAUUGAUCCGAAAUCUAGAUAUGGCGGGGGUGUGGAGGCGAUGCCGAUCGCCGGAACGCCGGCUUUCAUGGCGCCGGAAGUGGCUCGCGGGGAGGAACAGGGGUUCGCCGCCGACGUGUGGGCCUUGGGCUGCACCAUUAUUGAAAUGGCCACCGGAAGUUCGCCGUGGCCGGGCGCCAACGACCCGGUGUCGGUUCUGUACCGAAUAGGGUUUUCCGGGGAAUCGCCGGAGAUUCCGAGGCGUUUAUCGGAGAAUGGGAAGGAUUUUCUGAGCAAGUGCCUGAGCAGAGAUCCAGAGAAGAGGUGGAGCGCUGGUGAACUCCUUAAGCAUCCAUUUCUGGAAGAAUUCAGUUCUCAAGAAAAGGUAUUCCAGGAAUUGAAUUCAAAUUCUCCCACGAGUAUUCUGGAAAAUGAUUUCUGGGACUGCGUGGAAGAGGGAGAAACUCCGGGGGAACGGAUCCAAACAAGUUCAUUGAAUUCUGCGGAGGAAAGGAUUGGACGGUUGACGUCGUUUUCAAGCACACCCAAAUGGGCAGGGGACGAGAAUUGGGUCACAAUUAGAAGCAAUGUGAAUGAGAGUGGCUCGUUUUGUGGGUCAGUUAAAGCUUCAAGUAGGGACAGGGUGGACGACCCUGUUCUUUAUGAGGACUCUUCAGAUGGAUGUAGUGAUUGUAGAUUUGGUGAUUGCAUUAGCAUUGUAUUCAGUACUCACACGCACAAUUGUUUACGUCAAUGUCAAGCAGGAUAAAAAUUUAUACAUUCUCCAAUUCUCUC